AUGAGUCAUGGCCUACCCGAGGACAUUGGCAGGGCCAUCCAACAAGCAGCAGAUGAAGUCAUUUCCCUAAAACUCCUUCAGCACUUCCCACUUGUGGUCUGGCAAACCGGCAGCGGCACUCAGUCAAACAUGAAUGCGAACGAGGUCAUCAGCAAUAGAGCUAUUGAGAUCCUUGGAGGGGAAAUGGGCAGUAAGAGCCCGGUCCAUCCGAACGAUCAUGUCAACAUGAGUGCUUCUUCCAAUGAUACGUUCCCCACAGUAAUGCACAUCGCGGCCGUCGUAGAGAUUGAGACGAAGCUGCUGCCUAGCCUGAAGGCUUUGUUGGCAGCGUUCCAGGAGAAGGUUGAGGCCUUUGAAAAUAUCAUCAAGAUCGGGAGAACGCAUCUUCAGGAUGCUACCCCCUUGACAUUGGGGCAGGAGUUUUCGGGGUAUGCCACUCAGUUGGCAUUCGGGGUUGAGAGAAUUGAGGCCACCCUUCCUCGACUUAAGCUUUUGGCGCAGGGGGGGACUGCUGUUGGUACUGGACUCAAUACCAAGAAGGGUUUCGACGUUGCAGUCGCCGCAGAAGUGUCCAGGUUGACUGGAACUGAGUUCAAGACUGCGCCCAAUAAGUUCGAAGCAUUGGCAGCCCAUGACGCCAUUGUCGAGGCGAGUGGAGCGCUUAAUACCCUCGCCUGCUCCUUGAUGAAAAUCGCCAACGACAUUAGGUAUUUGGGAUCUGGUCCCCGCUGCGGUCUUGGUGAGCUAAGCCUUCCAGAGAAUGAACCUGGUAGCUCCAUCAUGCCCGGAAAAGUCAACCCAACCCAGUGCGAAGCCAUCACUAUGGUUUGUGCACAAGUAAUCGGAAACAACACAACAAUAACUGUGGCCGGCUCACAAGGACAGUUUGAACUCAAUGUCUUCAAACCCGUCCUUAUCAAGAACCUCCUACAUUCUAUUACCCUCCUAGCCGACGGUAUGACUAGUUUCAAAGAUAACUGCGUUGUGGGAAUCCAAGCGAAUGAGGACAAGAUUGAAAAGCUCUUGCAUGAGAGCUUGAUGCUGGUCACCUGUCUGAAUUCAAAGAUCGGGUACGACACGGCGAGUAAAGUUGCCAAGAACGCGCACCGUAAAGGGAUAACACUGAAGCAAUCGGCGCUGGAGCUAGGGGCUUUGACUAAUGAAGAGUUUGAUCAACUUGUUCGUCCGGAGCUUAUGAUCGCUCCUAAAUAAACAAUUGGACAAAUAAAUUGUUGGGUAGCUACUCAGAUAUGGUGAAAGAACGGGAAAGUGUUCACUCGCUCGUUCUAGUACAGUGAUUUUGUGCGGGCAUGAUUUCAUUUUCUAAUUUUUAACCACCAUUUUCAAGUGCAAGCUGUGUUUGGGAAAACGAGGAAAGGCCUCGUAGAGCAAAAUCCCCCCUCUUAAAUGAUAGAAUAGAAGUCAUAAA